AUGACUGAGAUUUACUUCAAGUUCCGCGGAAACCUGACUGGCCGUGUCCACCUUCCAACUCUGGCUACUGAAGUAGACACAACAGCAGACAAAUAUUCUGGCCUCUAUGUGUACGUGGGGCUGUUCCUAACCCUCCUGGCUCUCCUCCUGAUCCUGCUCUUCUCCAUGCUCCUGCGCCUGAAGCACGUUGUGUCCCCCAUCACCUCCCCAGAGAGCACUGAGAACGUGCAGCACUUCACAGACGUGGAGAUGCACAGCAGGAUCCCCACCACGUAG